AUGAGGUCCAAUAUUGUGUCUCGACCCACCACCACGCAGAUCUCGGAGUACGGGUCUCUGGGAUCCACGAGGACAAAGACGUGGCAAUCCUCAAUGGAAAUUCUUAACAAGAAAAAGCAGGCAAAAUCAGACAUCUUUCAUGCUGAAUACGACCAGAAAUUAUUGAGACUCAAAGCAAUGUUAAUGUUAGAUAACCAGACAGAGAACGAAGCGAAGGCAAGUAAACUAAACAGAACCGAACAGACUGAACUAAACACUGUGAAAUCUCAAGUUUGGAAAGAAAGUCUCAGUUACGAGAGACAGUACAGCCAAAGUGUGCGCCAGUUCCGGGCCCAUUCUGCCCGUGUGUUCCGUAAUGCUCCAAUCAGUGGAUUCCAAAGAUCCCCGACCCUGGAAUCAUUUCCGAGGGAAAAGUUGUUGCAGCGUCGGAAGUCUCAAAACCGAGACACUUUAACUCCUAGCCACUGUGUGACUUGUGGACAAAUCCAAGGAGUCAUUAGAGCCUACGAAAAGGAAACGACAUAUAGUAGUGAUUUCAGGAACAGUUCAGAAAAAGACGAAUCCAGGGUUCAUCAAACUGUAUGUCUUUUCAAUGACAGACAAAUGAAAACGUUUAUCCAUUCUCUAGAGACGGAAUACUGCAGUGGAAUGCCGGAUGUAACUCAAAUGAUUCAGGAUUCUAAAUUCUACCUCCAACAAAAUCCAGCAGAUACAGGCAGGAUCAGACCGCAAUCAUACCCGAUGGAGAUGAUAAGGUUAAAAGACAGAGUAACAACAUUUUGCAGAAGUCAGGAUAAAUUUAAUAAACAACAUCCGAUACCCGGAUGUGUGAAAAUGGAGACGGACAAAGCCAGGAUAGAUCUGGCUGUAUCAAUCAGAAAACGGCGGUAA